UUUCCAAACACGGAAACACGUCAAAGACACUGACAGCCAAGGACAAUUUGCCUGUCAGACAGCAGUUAAUAAUUUGUACCGUCACCAAAAAAAAUUAAACCAGUCAAAUUUGCUAUUAUUCGGACGCUGCGUUGAGAAAAGUAACAUUAAUGUGAGAAAGGUAUCGUGACAGGAAGUGCUGCCUGACAAGCAAAACGCAGGGUGAAACACUACCGGGAUAAGCCCAGUUACCAAGGAGACGCGAGUAGUGGUGCUAGUUACUGCUAGCCGUUAAACUCCGGAGGAAAAGCAAAGCUAACUGUCGCUGCCGCACGUUUUUGGAGAUAUUUGUAUCAUGGCAGAGUUGCAUAUUAUAGGCCAGAUCGUUGGGGCCGGUGGUUUCCCGCAGAACAGCCUGUUUUGUAAAUGGGGAGUUCAUACAGGAGGAGCAUGGCGUCUACUGUCUGGAUUGAAAGAGGGUCAGACCCAGGUGGAUAUCCCCCAAAUAGGAGACAUGGCAUACUGGAGUCAUCCGAUUGAUCUGCACUACGCGACUAAGGGACUCCAAGGCUGGCCAAAGAUUCAUCUCCAAGUGUGGCACCAGGACUCUUUUGGACGCUGCCAGUUGUACGGUUACGGGUACUGCCACGUCCCAUCUAGCCCCGGACAUCACCGGAUAAGCUGCGUGACAUGGAGGCCGCUCGGCUCCUGGCAAGAGCAGUUGGCGCAAAUGUUUGUCGGCGGAGGACCCCAGCUCCGCAGCCCAGACCUUAUAUACAGCGGGGCAGACAGAUACAGACUGCACACCGAGGCCAUGGGAACCGUGGAGCUGGAUCUGGGCAUUAUUAUGAGACACUUUGACAAAUAUGGCGUCGAGAGUUAACGGCGUGAAUUGAAAAGGACCGUGUGAAAUUGUGAUGCACUGUAUAUUGUGCAGGCGGAAGUCUGACAUGCCUUUGGCGAAGUUUUAUACCUUUUCAUAAUUGCAUUUCUGUUUUUAUACACUGGAUGUAUGUAAAUAAACGUAAUAUUGUAUCACCGAA